UUGUGGCUAGGCGUGCGCGCUUGGUAUUGUUGUGUAGCCGGAGUUCGACCGCGCAUGAGUGUGUGCACGGUAAUCCUGCACGUUUCGGGAUGCUGACCUGCUGUGCCAGCGGUUGCAAAAGCAGGUACAGCAGAGGAAAGAAGCUAUUUCGCUUCCGCGAGGAAAAGAAUGCCGCUCGGCUAGAAGUGUGGCUCCAGCGUAUCGGAAGGACUGACUUGGACCCUGUACCGUCGCGGCUUUGUGAGGACCACUUCACUGCGGACCAAUUUGAGUCGAUACUGCUGCGCAAGUUUGGUACUAAAGAGUUGAAGAGAGAUGCGGCGCCUACGAUCUUCAGUCAAGAGCAUUUGCAAACGUCAGAAUGCGAUAAUUCAGCCCGCUCAUCUUGUGGCCUUAAUCUACUACUAACAGCAGCUGCUCUUGUUGAUGAAUCCAAAGAGACACACUGCCCAUCAGCUACGAAUGUGCUUCUGAUACCAGCUGCUGUUGAUGGCUAUGGAUCCAACAGUGAUGCCACUCAAGCAGGGUUAGGUUCUUCACAAGGUAACGUAGCUAACACACAUGCUGCAUGUAGUCGAAGCAUUGUAACGGCUUGUAACUUGUAUCCAUUGGUUUAUAUAUUUUACAAUCAUGUCUGUAGGGGUGUGCUGCAGAUCCACAACAUUUUGCUCCGCAGUAUGGUGUUCAGCACAUUGCAAGCAUUGAAAGCAUUGUCGCUUGGGUUUUGGCAUGCAUUCUUAUUACUGAAAAAUUGUAAUGCACCUGUGCGUAUUGUAAAUGCUUCAAGUAGUGUUAAUGCUUGUUUGCCAAAAUGUGAUGUAACAGAGAUGAUGGUCUUCUUCAAUUUGUCUUUAUCUUUUUUAGGUCACACUGCCACUGAUUCAGCACCAUCGGAUUUUCCAGAAGAUGCACCUUCAAGUUCCGAAUGUGACGCACUGCCAGCUUGUUCAACAACUUGUUCAGCAGGUGUGGAAACCACCCAUGAAUCGAGCUGCCAGCCAUUUCAAGUUUUGACGGUGCCUGUUGAGUCUCAGCAGAACUUUUGUGCUGCCUGUGGAAGAUUUCUGUCUGCUGAGGGCACAGCUGAUGUCACCAGCUCCCGUUCAAGUAGUUGGGAUGCUGAUCAAGCAGUAGUAGCUGCCCUUCACAAAAGAAUAGCUACAUUGGAAGAGUGCUUGAACAACAUGAAGCGGAAAGUUGCUACACUGCAACAACAGAAAAGCAGAGCAAACCGUAGAAACCAUGAACUCACGCGAAACAUCAAGAAGUACCUGUCACCAGAUCAACUGCAAGGCAUGUGGACUUCCAGUAUGCGAGGGAAGCAAUGGUCUACAGAGACUAUACAAAAAGGCCUCAAGCUCCGUUUGGCAUGUGGAUCCAGAGGCUACAAUGCGGUCAGGGAGCUUGCUGUACCCCUUCCGAGUGAAAGAACUUUACAACGUCGUGUUGAAAACUACAAGUUCUCACCAGGAAUUCUACAUGAGGUUCUGAAGUCUCUUGCUUUAAAGGUGAAAGGAUGGUGUAGCUGAAUAUAUUUGUUACAUUUAUUCUCGUGAGCAUCUCUUUCAGCAGUACACCUUGAGCAAAAGGUGAAACCUUUUAGAGCCUUCCACUAUGGCAUGUCUCAUGAUCGUAUCAUGGGUUUCGCACGUAAACCCUAAUAUUUAUUAAGCUUUCAUGUGUUGCUAGUGCCAAUGUUAGUGCCUGUCACUGCGCUUUUUGUCGUGCACGUUUUAGCGGCCAUUCAUAAAGUUUCGACAACAUAUUCUCACCUUUCCUUCACUUAUGACUUGAGGUCCUCUAACUAGGCACAAUUCCACAUAAAUUUCA